GCGCAUGCGUGUAACAGCAACAAGCAUGGCGAACGAACUUGUGGCACUUUUUACUAGCAUCGGUUUAACCGAGCAGAAGUCAAAAGAGACGCUAAAAAAUAAAGAAGUUUCAGAACGACUGAAAGAUGUUAUCAACGAAGCAAUGAAGCAUGCCAGUGGUUCAAUUGACAAGUCAACUGGUAAUCUUCUUUACCACAUUGCCACCAAGCUCAAGUCCCAAAUCAGGAACAGAGAACCACUUCUGGUAGGCUAUGUGGCAACCAACAAGAUCUCUUCGGAGGUACAGCUCAAUGCUGCCAUGGAGUAUUUACUCCAUCAUCCGCUUGACCCCUUAGAUGUGAAGGCAUUGGAGGAGACAGCUGGAGUUGGUGUUGUCAUCACACCUGAUCAGAUUGAAGAAGCGGUAGAGGAAGUAAUUAAGAAGCACAAGGCACAGCUGAUUGAGAAACGCUAUCACUUCAGCACCGGGAUCUUACUCGGCGAGGCAAGGCAGAAACUCAAGUUUGCCGACGGGAAAGCCGUCAAACAUGAAGUGGACAUGCAGGUGCUUGAUCUGCUCGGCCCAAAGACUGCAGCUGACAUGGAGAAACCUGUCAAACAGAAGGGACCCAAAGAAAACAAUGAAAAGAAAAAAGAGAAAACCCCUGCAAAUGCCAACGAAUCUGUGAUUAAAACUGAUGACGCAAUAUCAAGUACUGGAGAAGUAAAGAGUUUUAUGGAGCUGAUGGGUGAAGCAUGCAAGUUCCACAAAGUGGGUGAGAACUAUAAGACAGAUGGCUAUGUUAUUACACCUAAGACAAUGGAUAUCCUAAAGGAACAUGUAAAGGCCAUUGGCGGACGUGUGAUGACGCGAUUCCCUCCGGAGCCCAACGGUAUCCUGCAUAUUGGACAUGCCAAGGCUAUAAAUUUCAAUUUUGGAUUUGCAAAGCACAUGGGUGGCCUGACUUACCUGAGAUAUGAUGACACAAACCCUGAGAAAGAAGAGGAGAAGUUCUUUGUUGGUAUCCGGGAGAUGGUCGAGUGGCUAGGUUACAAACCGUUCAAGAUCACACACUCGUCCGAUAACUUCCAGAGGCUCUACGACCUCGGCGUUGAAUUGAUCAAGCGUGGCCAUGGGUACGUCUGUCAUCAAACGGCUGAUGAAAUCAAAGGAUUCAACCCGCCGCCAUCACCGUGGAGAAACAGGCCAAUUGAGGAGUCACUCAGACUUUUUGAGGACAUGAGGAAAGGAAAACUAGAGGAAGGGACUGCCACGAUGAGGAUGAAGACAACCUUGGAGGAAGGAAAACAGGAUCCGGUCGCUUUCAGAAUCAAAUUCACAGCUCAUCAUAACAGCAAAGAUGACUGGUGUGUUUACCCCACAUAUGACUAUACCCAUUGCCUCUGUGAUUCUAUAGAGAACAUCACUCACUCCCUCUGUACGAAAGAGUUCCAGUCAAGGCGUUCUUCCUAUUACUGGCUAUGCAACGUCCUUGACCUUUACUGUCCAGUCCAGUGGGAAUAUGGCCGCCUCAAUCUCAGCUACACCGUGGUAUCGAAGAGGAAGAUAGGGAAGCUGAUCACGGAGGGAAUAGUGAGAUCUUGGGACGACCCUCGAUUGUUCACCUUGACGGCGUUGCGUCGACGUGGCUUCCCGCCAGAGGCCAUCAAUAUGUUCUGUGCUAAAGUCGGUGUGACCAUGGCCCAGGUCACCCUCGACCCAUCCAUGUUGGAGGCCUGUGUACGAGAUGUGCUCAAUUUCAAAGCCCCUCGGGCUAUGGCAGUGCUAGAACCCCUAAAAAUAACCAUCAAAAACUUCCCCAAAGAUCUUAAAUCAGUGAAGGUACCAAACUUCCCAGCCGAUGAGUCGCGAGGUUUCCAUGACGUUGUUAUUGGUGCGACGAUAUUCAUUGAACAGUCCGAUUUUAGAGAGGUGAUGGAGAAGGGUUACAAACGUUUAACACCCGACCAGGCAGUUGGUCUGCGCCAUGCUGGGCUUGUUAUAUCAAUAGAGAAAGUUAUAAAGGAUAAUAGUGGUAAUGUGACUGGACUUGAGGUUAGCUGUAAGAAAGCGUCGGAGUCAGAGAAGCCUAAAGCAUUUAUCCACUGGGUUGCAGAUCCUCUCAAAUGUGAGGUCAGGAUAUAUGAACGAUUAUUUAUACAUAAAAGUCCUGAAGACCCUAAAGUGGUUCCCGGUGGUUUUAUCACUGAUUGCAAUAAGGAUACACUGAGAGUGAUAGAGAAUGCUUUAGUUGACAAGUCGGUCAAGGAUGCAAAGGUCUACGAUAAGUUCCAGUUUGAGAGGACCGGUUACUUCAGCAUCGAUCCUGAUUCUAAACCUAAUAAGCUCGUCUUCAAUCGAACAGUGACCUUGAAAGAAGACCCUGGCAAAAACUGACAACUGAUUGUCCUAAUGAAAUCAGCCAACACAACAAGUGCCUUCCCUUCCUCAUUGAAUAGAUGCUUUAUACCAAACUGUUAAGAGUCUAGGAUUAUUGAUUGGAUCCACUUCCAAUAUGUCUGAAAAUUCACUCCUAUUCUUUCGGACUAUUUCAAGACCUUUGCUGAAGAUGUUUGACUUAUUGCAACCCAAAGUAAACAUUUAUCAUGACAUUGGUACAAUACAAAAAGUACUUAUCAAGAACUUUCCAACGAAUAGUUGGAAUAUGAUUUGGGACAUUUAUUUGCAUCUUGGACUCAGAAACAGAUGCCCCAUCAGCCAUUCACGAGUUCAGAGGACCGGUCCCGUGUAUUGUAGUGGCCCACUGAGAGAGACUCUAACUGAUCACACAGUUUUCCCCUUUCCAAAUCUUGCUCUUAAAAUGACGUGGCAGUAACUCCUUGAUGAGAUACAUGAGGGAAGGAACUGUGGUAACUUCAAGGCUUAUGCUGAUCCUAAACAAGUAGAUACAAACAGUAGAACUCCAUUAAGGACAUCCUUGGGACUGACAAAUGCUGUCCUGAUAGAGGUGUCCUGAUUACAGAGGUCAAUUUUAGUGAAAGCAACCAAUUUGGUAACAAAUGGAGUGUCCUUAAAAUAGGAGUUAACUGUAGUUAGUAAUGAUUCUAAACUAUGAAAACCCUGUUACUUUAUCUCUAAACAAUUUCUAACACAUUAUGAACUUUCAACUAGGAAGAUACCUCACCAAGCCCUGUGUAUUCACGUCCUGGCCUGGAAGAUUCCGUGUCAACAUACUAAAAUAACUCAAUGGCUGUAUAAUGAACAUGGGUUUGACCAAGAUGUGCUUAAUAAACUUGAUUUAUUUAUUCAA